AUGGACAAGCUCAAGUCUGCCGCAGAGGACGUCCAAGCAGGUGUUCUUGACAAAGUCAGGACUGUCCGACACAAGCUUCAUAUGGACAGCAUGCAUGCCUACGGAGUCAUCCGAUUCUUAAACCCCACGAACAUCCGCAUGCGUGUGAGAUAUCAGAGCGACUCUGAUGAGAAUGCCAGUAGAGCCGAGGAGCGAGAGCUCAUCUGGCGGGCUCGAGACAAUCGCAAGGGCAGGAACUCGAUAGCAGUGCCGAGACUGGACCUAGACUCAGACGAUGGCGACAAUUCAUUCUUGCCACUGCAGUUUACUCCUCGAAUGUCGUCAAACCUCAAGCACAUUCGGACCAAUCUGUGGACCAUGAUCUCGACCUUCCCUUAUUGGGACAUGGCGUUUUGGAGCGGUUGGUCGUAUACCAUCGGUUCUGCCUUGUUUAUCUGUGAUGGCGUCCUCGCGUGGUAUCCGGUAGCACACGGCGAAGACUCCAUGUCCGAGACUGCGAAAAAAUAUGCUGGCCCACUCAGUUUCUUUUUCGGUGCAAUCUUCUAUCAAAUCGGUGCCGUAGCAGCGUAUCUUGAGGCUGUUAAUGAUGGCAGUUUUCAUGGAUCCGCUAUGCGAAGGCUUCUGCAUGGCCAUGAUGACGACAACAAGAAGCUUCUGGACGAGAAAAUCCACAACUUCUUCAGCCAUCUAAAUCCUGCUCAUCGGCAUCAUGGCACAUCUCCCGCGCCUAGAAGAGGUGCAGUAGACAUGGGCCGCGAGGAAGGCGACACGAGCAUUUACAUGUCUUGGAGAUGGUGGCCAACUUGGCACGCUCUCAGGACCCAUCAUGUCUACGAAAUUGGCUACCUGGCUUGUGCCAUCCAACUCUUCGGCGUGACUCUAUAUGGCGUGACUGCGAUUGUUGUUCUUCCUGGCAUCCUCGACAGCCUCGAGUGGUGGCAAGAAUUAGGAGCCUACUGGUAUCCUCAAGUCAUAGCAGCCGCAUGUUUCCUGAUCGCCAGUCUCAUGUUCAUGUUAGAGACCCAAGAGAAGUGGUAUAAACCAGAGCCAAAAGUCUUAGGAUGGUGGGUCGGUGCCUGGGCAACGGUUGGUAGUGUUGGCUUCGAGCUGAUCGCCAUAUUCGGAAUUCUAGCACAUACUCGCGGCUGGGCCGAAUACCAGAGUGAUCUCUCCACCAUCUGGGGAUCAAGCGCUUAUUUCAUGUGUAGCGUGCUCCAAUGGUACGAAGCCGUCAACAAGAAUCCCAUUGAGGAACUGUUCAACGAACCCGGCGAGAUGAAGAGCUCCCAAGUCCACCCGAUUUGA